UUAAACGAUAUAGUAAUUCGAUGAAUUACAGAAGGGACAUUGAAGGGAUUAGCAAUAUUUAUGCAUUUUUACUAAGUAUUGACCAGCUGUCCGGGGAGAAAGGAGUACUGAGGCCAGGGAAUGAUGGGAGCUCUGUGGUUUCAGACGUCGUUGUGUCAACCUGAAAGUUGUGUUUUUGUUUGUUGUAUUCUGUGGCUUUUGACAUUGAUUGAUGUAUUUGACGUGAUUAUAAAAAAAAAAAGGAUUUUUGGACGAUUAUUGAAUAGAAGAACAAUUGUGUCGAUUUUGGACUUUUUCGCUCAUAUUAGUUGAUGCCUGCUUGUUUUGAUUUUAGUUCUAUCAACAGAUGUUAAAUUUGUUACCUAAUAACUCUCUGUUUUCCGAGUCCUGAGGAAGGUCCAUACCUGGACCGAAACGUCGACUGAUGGAAUAAAAGAGAAGAUCAGAAAAAUUUUUCAUCCAUUCCCAUAACCCCUUAUUCUAAUUGUACGAUAUAUAUAUAUUGGGAGUUAAAUUACUUUGAGUAUUAAGCAUGGGGUUCUAUGCAGAGGUCCAAACACAAUAUGGACUUGCUUCUGUUAAGAACUUGAAAUCUUGGGCAUCAUUGAACAUCAAGCUGGCUCCCCUUAAGAAUCGGAGAGUGUUCCUUUUGGAGUGCAAACGGCAAGGUCUUCUACCUAAACACAUAUCCUGUAACAUGAAGUACCUGUAUGGUUCAGCAACGGAUUCCAUAUCUGCUGGACAGGUGGAGUGUAUGAAGGCUAAGACUGUUCGGCAUGUUCUUCUGUUCGAAAUUAAGACAACAGUUUCCAAAAUAAGGAGGAUGGAAGACGAGUUAUCCAGGGUGUGGCAGACUUUGGUGGAUACGCUUCCAUGUGAUAUGUUGGACCAGUUUCACAACCGUCAACUUAAGAAGUACACUGAUCGGUUCCGGUUGAUACGCGAUAACAAUGUUAGAAAACUCACUAAGUUAAUAAGUGAACAACUCAGUAAAGUCCAACCCCAGAAAGAAUGGGUUAAGAAUAUAAGUUCCGUUGCAGUCCCAGAGAGAGUUCUCAAUUUCCUGGCCCUGGGUCCUAAGUUUGGCAUUGAAAUCCCCAGGAAUGAGGUCUCAAUUCAGAAAUUGUUGGCUGAUAUUGAGUUUACAAUCGGUAUGAAUGAAUCACUUAAUGAUGAAGGCAAGAACAUUUUCCGAUCACUAGCUGCGAACACUAUUACCAAUUACGUUCGAUCGAACAGAGGAACCAAUAAUGUAUUCCAGAAUGAGUUCUAUUACUGCAAGAGAUACCUAAAGGAUCAUCAGGAUUUGUUGGUCAUGCAAUCGGAUAAGGGCAAUGUUACUGUUUUGAUGGAUAGAUCUCAAUAUGUUGACCUAUCCCGAGAGAUCCUUGAAGAUGACAAUCACUACAAAAUAUUACCUAGAGAUCCCACUACGUCCAUGCAAACAAAGUGCAAUUCAUUGGUGAAAAAUUUGGUCAACAAAGGGUAUAUAACAGAGUCUGAAGGGAAACGUUUAUAUAAUUACAAUGCCGUACCAGCCAGAUUCUAUGGCCUCCCGAAAAUUCAUAAGCCCACCUUAACCCUGAGACCCAUUGUUUCGUUUAUUAAUACUCCAACAUCCAAGUUAUCAAUUUACAUGGCUGAUAUAUUGGCUAGAACUCUUGCUGCCACAGAAGAUAGAUAUUUUGUCAAGGACUCCUUUUCCUUUGCGGAAUUUGCUAAAGAUCUUCAGAUACCAGAUAAUUACGUACUGAUAAGUUUAGACGUAGUUUCUUUAUUCAGCAAUAUUUCUGUUGACUUGGUGAUCUCGGCCAUUGAGAGUCGGUGGACAGAUAUUGAACAACACACUUCCAUUCCCAAAGAUGAGUUCAUUUCCAUGGUGAAAUUCCUUUUCUCUUCGAACUAUUUCCUUUUUGAUGGGAAAUUCUAUUCACAGAUACUGGGCUCCCCCUUGGGCUCCAAUUUCAUUCCAGCCAUUGCGAAAAUAGUUAUGAUAUUUCUUUUGGAUUUGAUACUGGCUAACUUACCAUUUUAUAUUCCUUUCUUGAAAGGAUACGUAGACGACCUGAUCACUGCUGUUCCAAAGGAUCAAGUGACUUACACCCUCCGGAAAUUUAACGAAUGUGAUGAGUUUAUCAAGUUCACCCUUGAGGAGGAAACAUUGGGCAGUGUUCCCUUCUUGGACACCAAGGUCAUCAGAACAAAUGAUAAUAACAUUAUACUAGACUGGUAUAGGAAGCCCACGAGUUCAGGCCGUUACAUCCAUUUUCUGUCAAAUCACCCUUCCAAACAGAAGAUCAACUUGAUUCUAGGACUAAAAAGUCGCAUUGAAAGAAUAGUACACCCAACGAAACGAGAGGCCAACUUGAAUGUCCUUUUUCAGUUAAUGAGGAAUAAUGGAUAUCCGAGGGGACUACUUUCACGGUUAAUUUACAACUCAUCGCCCUCUGGACAGCCACAGAGGGUGAGGGAAGGAAUGUCUGAUGGUGUUGUGCCUACAGUGGAGAGCGCCUCCGCCACUUUGGAACUCAGAAGAGAUGGUUUGAAGUUUUCGUCUAUUCCUCUGAUAGAGGGUGUAACUGGGUCAUUGGUGAGGUUGCUUAAGACAGACACAAUAAAAGUGUUGGCAAGAAAUGAGUUCAGGGUCAAGAAAUUAUUCAGCAGGGUCAAAGACAAGAUGGAUGUGCUUAAGAUGAGUGGGGUAGUGUAUGGUGUUCCAUGUGCAUCUUGUGGUGAAAUUUACGUUGGACAGACAUCUCAACAAUUGAAGAAGAGACUCACACAACAUAAGAGUGAUGUUAAGAAUCCAAGCAAGGCAUGUGCCCUGGCAGAACAUGUGAGAAGUAGUGGCCAUCAAAUGAAUUACAACGCAGCGAAAGUGUUGGAAUGUGAAAACAAUCUCAAGAAGCGGACCUUUUUGGAGAUGUGUCACAUUAAACGACAUAGUAAUUCGAUGAAUUACAGAAGGGACAUUGAAGGGAUUAGCAAUAUUUAUGCAUUUUUACUAAGUAUUGACCAGCUGUCCGGGGAGAAAGGAGUACUGAGGCCAGGGAAUGAUGGGAGCUCUGUGGUUUCAGACGUCGUUGUGUCAACUUGA